GAAAACUGCACCCAAGAGAGGUCCACUUCAUCUACAAAGACCUUAUAUAAGAAUGGCUGCCUCAGUAACUCAGCUAGUACUGCUUCUCUGUCUAAGUGGGACUCUGGCAGACCAGAGCUUCACAAGCAGUGACGCGAUCACAGCCCAAGAAAGCAUCCGACGCGACAUCAAGGCAGAGCUCAAGGAGCUCAGAGACAUGGUGGUUCAGCAGAACGAGGAGCUGAAAGCUACCAAGGCUGCACUUGACAUCCAGAGGAUGCUGGUGGGCGACCUGAGGAGAGAGAACUCAGCCCUGGGAGCGUCACAGCGUGCAACAACCAUUCGACUUGAGCGACUGGAGAAAGAAAAUAAGAUGCUGAAGAAAAAUGUGGAGAUGGAAAACAAAGAAAAAGCAACAGAGAUUAUGCCUGCCCAGGGUCUGAACACUUUGGGGACCAAAGUGGCAUUUUCUGUUGCUUUAGACUGCCCUGGUGGACUUACAUAUGGACCAUUUGACGAACUUACAAAAGUCAUUUUCAAAUGGGUGUCUACCAAUAUUGGCAAUGCCUACAACCCGGCUACUGGCACCUUCACUGUACCUGUUCGAGGAGUCUAUUACUUUAGGUUCAGUGGUGUAGAUGACCGUGCUAACAUGUGGAUGGGUGUUUUCUUGUAUAAGAAUGAUCAGUCUGUCAAGUACAAGCAAUUACAAAAUGGGGAUGGACAUUUGAAUUUGUCCUUUACAGUGAUUCUGCAGCUGGAGAGGGGAGAUGUUAUUGACGCCCGCAUAUUUCCUGGCACUAGAUUUGCCGCGGCGGCAUCAGGGGAUAUCAAUCUCUCUGGCUUCCUGCUGUUUUCUCUGUAAGUGCUUCGAGGUGAAGAAUGUUUCGUGAAGAAGACCACAGCACAACCUUCACUGUGCACCAUGUUUUUAGACUCAAAUAUGUCUCAAAAUGUUGGACUUUUUCCUUUGCUUACAUAAAAUUUCUGCUCAUUGGCAUGGCAGUAAAGAUUCAUUUGAAAAAUGGCAGGGCUAAAUGCCCAGCUUGGAAGUGGUGCCAUUACAGCAUAAUAACUGUAAUAAAGGAAUACUUAUGAAAGGAAAGUCAAUAUUUUCCUCCUUUUUUAAGAAUAUAAUUAUUGUAUUAGUAGUGUGGAUAGAUGCCAUGUUGUCACUGAUGAUUUAUAUUUACUUAGAAUGAGAUCAUUUGGAUUUUGUAAUUCAUAACACACCUCAUAAACUGCU